AUGCCCCGCGAGAUCCUCAUAGGGUUUGGUGUUGAUGUGGAUGCUGUGGCUGGAUGGCUAGGCUCGUACGGUGGCGAGGACUCUCCCCUAGACAUAUCUCGCGGCAUGUAUGCGGGCGAAGUUGGAGUUUGGCGAGUAUUGAAGUUACUUGAUAAAUACAACAUCAAAGCUACUUGGUUCAUCCCAGGCCAUAGCUUGGAAACGUUUCCAAAAGAGAUGGCAGCUGUCAGGGACGCAGGUCAUGAAAUCGGACUGCACGGUUAUUCGCAUGAGAAUCCGGAUGCAUUGACGCCAGAGCAACAACGUGAUAUUCUUGAUUACACAUACAAAUUACUCACAGACUUCAAUCACGGAGUGCCUCCAAAGGGCAGUGUAGCGCCGUGGUGGCAAACAAGCAAGGAAGGCGUUGCCCUCCUUCUAGAGAAAGGAAUCGAGUAUGAUCAUUCGAACAUGUCUCGCGACUCCCAGGCACACUACCUUCGUGAUCAAGAUACGUGGACCAAAAUCGACUACAAGGAGAAGGCGCGCACGUGGAUGAAGCCUCUUGUACCUCGAAGAUAUGACACCAAUGAUGUGGCCCCUCAAGCUGUCGAGCAGCUUUGGAAAGAUACCUUCACAUAUCUCUACAGGGAAGAACAAGAUUUCAUUUUCCCGCUGAGUAUCCAUCCGGACGUGGGCGGACGUCCCCAAGUAUUACUCAUGCUGGAACGGUUCAUCGAGUGGGUCAAUACUCAUGACAACGUGAAGUGGGUUACGUUCCAUGAAAUGGCAGAAAGGUUCAGGGCGAAGAAUGAUCCUCCUCCAGGCGCUAUGAUGCCAAAGGGAUAUGUGAAACAUAAAGCACGGCUGUAG